CAUGCGGCUCGUCAAACUACAGUGAGGAGCACUUACACAAUGGCCGGAUUCGACUCCACUGACACUUCAAAGCUUUUACUCCAGAAUAUGUCGUUAGGGACGUUAUUUACUAAACUUGCUCUUUUAAAAAGUGUAACUAACAUCAAUUAGGAUGAAUUCUCCCUAUUGCAGUUGCCAUAACAGCUCUAAGUUAGGAUUUGUGGGCCGUACUCCCUCCACAGCGACGCCCCCAUAACGCUCAGUGAGAGUUUCUACUACAAGAGCGGGGCGGUCUGGUGUUCAUAUGACACAAACUUGGGUAUAUUGUUUGUGUGCUUCGCGGAUCUGUUGAAUCCAUUAAUCCAUUCAGACUCUAUAAAUGGAAUUCUUGUGAGGGAAAAAGGAUGGAAAAGCCGGACGCAUGCGAUCCAUACAGCCGACCCGCGCGCAGGACACAAUGGAUAGUGAGCACUCUUGCGUAUCACUACGGACUGGACCGUGGAGUGGAGAACGAAAUUAUAGUCCUCGCAACCGGGCUGGAUCAAUACCUGCAGGAGAUUUUUCAUCACCUGGACUGUCAGGGAGAUGGGAAAAUACCCGCCGAGGAUUUUAGCAUCCUUUGCGAGAUUUUGGGGCUGAGCAAGGAUUGCGAUCUGGAAGAGUGCGCGGGGAUAUUGGAUAACCUACCCAAAGAAUUCACCUUCAGACAAUUUCACGCAAAACUUUGCGGCUAUUUCAGCACCAAAGCCGGGUGCCAGUAUGAGAACGGGAGGUUGUUAGUGGGGAAAGAGAGCGAGCAUAUAGAGACGCAGAUAAGACUCCGGAGCCCAUUGAGACGCCGUGGGAAAUUCCUGUCGUUGGGUACCAGUAAGCGAGAAAGCGAGGAGUGUUCGUCCCCCACCGAGGACGGACACGCAUCGGGUUGUAAGCAGCUCGGAUCGUGCACCAGAGCGUGUUACGAGGAAAUCGUGGCACUUGAGGAGGCCGAGGAUAGGAUCAGCAAACUUGAAGAGGAAAACGCAAGUCUCAGGGAGCUGGUGGAGGAUAUGCGCGCGGCACUUCAAAGCAGUGAUGCUCGAUCCUUGGCUUUACAGGUGGGGUUGUGGAAAAGUCACUCUAAACACAAACCAGAGGGUGGCUGUUUCAUUGCCCACCAAAGGCGAGUGGCGCAGAAGCACAACGCUGCUGGGAACCUAAAGGACAUCCAGAGUUUCUUGAGAGAGAUGGAUUUCAUCCGGAGUUCCCGGGACGGCCAAAUUGAGGAGGCCAUGUUCUUCAACCAGAAGCUGGAGCAAGAACUGCAGGUGUCACGCAAAACUGCGUUGGUGCUGGAGGAAUGUAACAGGACUCUAAAGAAAGAGCAGGUGGGGAUGAGGAAGAGGGUGGAGGAGGCCCGGCAAGCAGUGCUCAGCGGUCUCAAGAAAGUCAAAGAGCUGGAGAACAAAGCAAGUCAUGUACCUGUUCUUAAGAGACACGUUCAACAGCUGGAGAUGGAGCUUCUGUUUUACAGAUCUGAGGGGUCUAAAACAUCCGUUCCAUUCAUCAACAAACAGGACAGGCAGUAUAACGUGCCCGUCUCGGCAUGGCCGCACUGUUGCAUAGAUGCAGAACAAGAUCGGCGCUCUCCGACGGGACGCGCAGAGACUCUUCCCGACACCAUGGAGGAGCAGCUCUUCCGCUCAGUGGAGGGUCAGGCGGCCUCUGAUGAAGAAGAAGAAAGAUGGACCGGAGAACAGCAGAGACAAGUAGAUGAGGUGAAGAGAAUUCUUACCAGACUGUCCUGCUGUGGAGACAGGUGCGAUGAGAAAGCAGUUAAGAAGCUGUUGUCUCAUUUCGGGGACUCCAGGACGGAGGAGAGUCAGUCGGCUGUGCUGGAUCUGCUGGAGAAGGUCACGAGACUUAACAAACAGCUGGAGCUGAAGGAGAGUCAGGCCAGGAGGCCAGAGAUAAACACAGAAGACCAGAUGAGGGACGCGCUGGUCCAGGAGCUUCAACAGAAGGCAGAGGAGACAGAACUGCUCCACAUGGAGCUGCAGAUGCUGGAAACAGAGAGGGUGCGACUGUCUCUGGUGGAGGAGAAACUUAUGGAUGUGCUUCAGCUCCUGCAGCAGCUACGAGAACUGAAUGUCUCCAGAAGAUCUUUGGGAAAGAUUUUACUCAGCACAUUGGAGUCCUGCAGUGAUCCCCAACAUGGGAAAGCACAUAUCUUAGAGGUGCUCAAUGCUCUUUGUCAUGAGCUAGCUGCAUGUGAGAUCCUCUCUGGUGGUGAGACUAUAGAAAGUGCACAGAGUCACCAGUCUCUCACCAAUUCACUGCUCAUAUCCUGUUAGGAAUUACUGCCAUCUAGUGGUCAAAGGAUGCUAUGGAGACUUAUUUUUAUUUUUAUCCAUAGGACAGAGACAGGGUGUGGAAUUGGGACAUGACCCGGGAACAUGUUAGUGUCUGUAGCGCUAACCCCUGUGUUACCGCUCUGACAUGCUAAAGGAACUUUAUACCAGUCAUGUAAAUGGCCAUUGGAAAAUGUGGUUUCUGUGUACAUUUAUUUUGGGAUUCACUUCAUCAUAAGCUCUUUAUCGUUUUAAUGAAAUGUUUCAUUUUGUCCUCUAGACAAGUACGUUUUUCUUGUAAGAUAUAAGUUGCAGGUGGAAUAUAUACAUACAUGAAACUCUACGGUUGUGUAGUAUUGAACUGUUUUAACUGGGAGACCUGGAUGAAGAACCUUCAGGUAUAUGCAGUAUAUGUAAUGCUCAUAAAAUAUAAAGAGUAACUUGCCUAAAUAAAUAUUUUUCCUGAAUUAUAUCUCAAAUACAGAGCCUAGCUGUGAAGGACUGAAUGUAUGCACCUUUACUUGAUUUAAAAUACUGAAACAUGUGUUUCAAUUUUACAGCUUUCAGUGUUUCAGAUUCCUAUAGCACUUCAUUUGUGUUGCUUUUUAAAGAAUGAAACAAACAAGUAGUGUACAUCUUAUUCGUUAUUGUCAGACUCGGCUUUUGUCCGAUUUCUCACAGAUUAGAGAACAUUCUUGAUUUUACAGUUUUUUUC